AUGGCAUUUGUAUUUAGAUCUGAAAAAAAAGCUUCACACAUUAGGACAACCACUAAUCAAUUAAUAGGCCCAGGUUCUUAUGUGUAGCAUUAAUAGUAUACUAUUUAGAAGGCUUAUGCCCCUUUUAAUACAAAAGAAGAUAGAAGUGGUAAAAAAAAUAAAGAUGUUGAACUCUUUCCUGGUCCUGGUCAGUAUCAAAUUGAAAAAUCAAAUUUGAAUGAAAAAGUAGUUGUUUCUUCAGCAAACGAUGAUAUCAAAAUAGUUGAAGUGCCAAAACCUCAAGCUAAUUUUAAAUCACAAACAAAAAGAUUUUAAAAUAAUGAAGUAAAGGCUAAGGAAUAAUUACCUGGUCCAGGCUAAUACGAGUAAGAAGAUCAACUUAAGAAAAUGUUAGAAAAAGGAUAGAGCUAAUUUUAAAAUUAUUAAAAAUAAAAUAUUAUUGACAAGUUAAUGAAAAUGAAUAGAUAUUAAAGUACUCCUUCUAUACCUUCAAAGCAACACACUUUUGGAUAUACAGAAACUGAAAAUAAUGAUUUAGCUCUCAACAAGAUUCCGGGCCAUUAAUAUUUAGGAACUCAAAAAGAUUCAGUAGGUCCAGGCCAUUAUGAUCAGAAGACUUUCAUAGAAUAAUAAAAAUUAAAAGGAGUACCUUGGCAUAAAUUAUAAGCUGCUAGAAUGCAAAACCCUCUAUCAAAAAGUACUUUAACAGUUGGCCCAGGUUCUUAUGAUGUUUAAACUUAGGGACUGCCCUUAUAUAAAAUGAAAUAAAGUCCUGGCUUUGCUUCCAAAACUCUUAGAUAAAUUGAAAAUAGAAAAGGAGCAGUUGCCAGUUAAAUAGUAAAGUAGCGCAUGGCUAUGAGUUAGCAAAGUAACAAAAAUAUUCCUUUAAAUGAAGAGGAUUCAGAUAGUGAAGAAGAAUAUAUUGAAGAUGCUGUCCCAGGACCUGGACAUUACAAUUUCGAAAACUCUUCUUUCAUGAAGGCUAAUAAUACUCACUCUCACUCAGCUGGAAAUUUUGGUUCUCUAUCCAAAAGAUUUACAUAAAGCAACUUCUCUAACCCUAUCGGUCCUGGUGAAUACAAUCCUGCAGUUGCAGGAAUAAUAGGAAAAAAUCCUCAUGAAGUUAAAGUAAGAAAUCCACCUUUCUUGUCUUCAGAUACUAGAUUCCAAAUUAAAAAAAUUGAAGAGGUUAAACCUGGUCCUGGUGCUUAUGAACCUCGUAUAAAUUUAGAAGAUAAACUCAUUUAAAAAAUCCAAAAAGGAUAUAGAGGUAACUUUGGUUCUACUGAAAGAAGAUUUAAAAAUGCUAAUGUUGUUGAUGAAUAGCCGGGUCCUGGAGCUUAUAUUGAUAUUGCUACACAGUAAAAGUUUGAUGAAUUAGAAGCUUAACUACCCACAUCAGUAUUCAAAUCCUCAUCUUAAAGAGCUAUAUUUAAAAACUAAAAAGAUUAAAAACCUCCUGUUGGGUCUUAUAAGCUAAAUUAUUAUGAUAUUGAGAAAAAAGUAAACUAAGAACCUGAUGAUCCUGACAUUAAAAUUAAAGUUCCUAAUUUAGGUUUUAACACUAGUGAUGUAAGAUUCAAAGGCCCAGAUCCUAAAAAAAUAACAGAUGAAGAUGAAGAAGAAUUAAAUGUUAUUAAAGAAAAGCGUAAAGAAGAAACAAAAUUUAAAAAAGAAAAUAAACAUUUCCUAUCAAAAGCAGAUAGAUUCAAUUAUAAACUUAAAAAUUAAGGUCCCUCUCCAGGUUAGUACUACGAUAAUGCAGCUAAUCCAUGGAAUAAAAGAACAUUUAACAUUCAUUUUGCAGAUUUUUGA